AUGAAGAAAAAUGCACAGCAAUAUAAACCUGCAACAGAAGUGUUUCACGAGCAAGGAAAUACAAGGCUAUGCUUUCACUCUUUAUCAAACUUAAACUUCAUUCACCUUCACAUCGUCAUUAUUGAUUCGGGUCCUGCUGUGCACGUCCUAGGUAACGGCGGGAAGCGUGUUGUGGCUGUGUAUGGGACUUUAUCGGAUUUGCUGUCUGUGGCUAGUAAUAAGCUUGGAAUAAAAGCGACCAGUGUAUACAAUGGAAAAGGUGGACUCAUUGAUGAUAUCGCUUUGAUUAGGGAUGAUGAUGUUUUGUUUGUCUGUGAAGGGGAACCAUUCAUUGAUCCUCAGACUGAUGGGAGACCUCAUGAAGAACUAACAGGGUCACACACAGAUUGGUUAACGCUCAAUGUUGGAGGCCGAUACUUCACCACUACACGGAGCACUUUGGUUAACAAAGAACCUGACAGUAUGUUGGCCCACAUGUUUAAAGAUAAAGAUGCUUGGGGAAAUAAGCAAGAUCAUAGAGGAGCAUUCCUAAUUGACCGCAGUCCAGAGUAUUUUGAGCCAAUUUUGAACUAUUUGCGUCACGGACAGCUCAUUGUAAAUGAUGGCAUUAAUUUGCUAGGUGUUUUGGAAGAAGCCAGGUUUUUUGGUAUCGAUUCACUAAUUGAACAUCUAGAAAUAGCUAUUAAGAAUUCACAGCCAGCUGAGGAUCAUUCUCCUAUAUCUCGAAAGGAGUUUGUCCGAUUCCUGCUGGCAACCCCAACCAAGUCUGAGCUGCGAUGUCAGGGUCUCAAUUUCAGUGGAGCAGAUCUUUCACGUCUAGAUCUUCGAUACAUAAACUUCAAGAUGGCUAACCUAAGCCGUUGCAACCUAGCACAUGCCAACCUGUGCUGUGCAAAUCUUGAAAGAGCUGACCUCUCUGGAUCAGUGCUUGAUUGUGCAAACCUUCAGGGGGUAAAGAUGCUGUGUUCCAAUGCAGAAGGAGCAUCUCUAAAAGGGUGCAAUUUUGAAGAUCCAUCAGGCCUUAAAGCUAAUUUGGAAGGUGCUAACCUGAAAGGUGUUGACAUGGAAGGUAGUCAAAUGACAGGAAUUAAUUUAAGAGUUGCAACGCUGAAAAAUGCAAAACUAAAGAACUGUAAUCUUAGAGGAGCAACUUUGGCAGGAACUGAUUUGGAAAACUGUGAUCUAUCAGGUUGUGAUCUACAAGAAGCUAAUUUGAGGGGAUCUAAUGUAAAAGGAGCUAUCUUUGAAGAGAUGCUGACACCUUUGCACAUGUCUCAGAGCGUCAGAUAGGGAAGAGAAUAUCCCGAAGAGGAAGGAAUCAAAACAGUUAUUGUGACUUUCUUCACCUCCUCCCCUUAUUAAGUUAGAAGUAAUGGUUAUUAGACAACUUACAUUUGCAGUAGUGCCUAAGUAGACUCUUCUUUGAUCAUUUUGGGCGAGAGAGCUUUUGUUUAAGAGGUAGAAACAGACACUGUUUCUACCUUUGUGAACAGAGCGAGGAAGCGGGCUGGUUCUAGAACCAGGACACGUGGCUGGUUUGGGGGGGAGGGUUAAAUAGAUUCAUUGUUUAGCAUUGCCUCACUUUGGAAUGCAUUUUAAUUUAUAAAGCACAAUAUAUGCAAUUCUAUUUAUUAAAUCUGUAGCUGCAAUAUGAAUAGAAAAUGUUAUUAAUGUAUAGUAGCAACAAAGUUCAGGUUUACGGUUAGACUAGUGUAUUUACAGUUAGUUUCUUCAUUCAUGCACAGUGUAUUAAAUGACAGAUGUGGUUUAGACAAUGUCCACAGGAUGUUUUCAGGUACUCUCUUCUUCUGGGGUGAAAACAGUAGUUACCUGUCAUCAUAGGUUAUAUAUUGCCUUGUAGUAGUUUGAAUGCAGGUAUAGAACAGCUUUAUCAUCUUCUCAAACAUGCAGUGGAAGCUGCUUCCACUGAAGGGAUCUGCAUACACGGCAGAUUUAGUUAUAACUAAAACAUCCCUGUUCCGAAAUUGGAUGGCUUAUUUGAGCCUUUCUGAAUUAGUGUGAAAUUGCACUAUCAGUCACAGCUGGUAAGAAAAAUUCUCUUGCUUUCAAAUGUCCUAACCACUCCAAACUGGAGUACCUGUAGUUUUUUCAUUCUUUGUGGGGAAUUAAACGUACGUAGGAAAAUACAAUACUGUCACCAAAGUAGAGAUAAGCCCUGGGACCACAGCACAUGCUCCAUCCUCCUGUCAUUACUCGAGUAUAUGAAUAAUUGGCACCUGUUUCCCCUCAACGUACUAUGCAAAUACUCUCGUACACUGAAUCCUUGAAAGCAUGGGCAUAAUCCUUUUCCCAGCCAGAUCUUAGUAUUCCACUUUGGGCCCACUUAAAAAGUGGCUGUAAAAGCGUCUUGCACAGGGCAAAGUGCCCUUUCCAUAACUGCUUUACCUGUGAGUAAAUAGGGAACUAUGUGGCUUCUGCAGUGCAGAAAGCCUCACAGCGUCUCUUUAGGUGGUGGUGCACUUCAUCUAAUAAGCUGUUUCCACUGUAGUAUCAAUCUAGUUCUCAUCUAACAGAACAUUUAUUUUGUACACAAUCAAAAAGCACAUGAAGAAACUAUACCAAAAAAGAAAAGGUGCAUCAAGAACUCUUACCUCAGAUGCUUACUUAAAACACCCCAAAGUUAAAACUAACCUUGAAUCUAAGGAAGUACAGCUGUUGCUGGAAGUUAAGAACCAAUGUAUCCUAAAACUUACAGAAUAUGACACUGAUAGCAGUGGUUUGAGUUCCACAGUUACUUCCGUGGGUGGCCUUUUACUUGCAGUGCAGAUUUCCAGUCCUCUGAACAGAAGUCUUGUUGUCUCAGUAGUUGUUAUGCAAAUGCUGCUUUGCUAUCAAUCUAGAAAGAUUAGUUCAGGACCAAUAUAUGAUUUGUUUGGGGGGAAUUGCAGGAUUCUCCCUUAUGUUCAAGUUGGGUUGUCUCAGGCAUAUGACAUGAACUUUUGGGACUCAAAAUCCCACAGCCAUGUGGUUCAGAAUUGGGAUUUUAUUUCCUCUUGAUUCCCAGGCCUCUUGAUCUGGCUCUAGGACAACACCGUAUCCUCGGUGAAAUAUACCUAUAGAUUCAAGGGAAGUGUUUCAGCAUGAUUUUGGAGUCCUUUCUCCCUCUUCAUCGCUUUCAUUGAGAGUGAUGUGUAUGUUGCAGUAGAAGAAGAUUCCUAGGGCUAGAGAAAUAAAUAAAUUAUUUUUCUUUAUCAUAUUUUAUAGCUGUCAGAAGUAAAAUAUUGUAUGGAAAGAAUCUAUUUUCAUAAUCUCUGUGUAUAAAAUAUAUUUGAACUUUCACUGAAGCACUAUGUUUUGAAUAAUCACAGCAUGUGGCAUCAUUCAUUCACAGAUGAAUUUAAGGUACCUCUUUUGCUAUGACAAAGCUGUAUGAAUAGCCCAAAGUGGCCUAUUCAGAAAUUGCAGGUUCCAGCCUAAUUUAAAUUGCAUUAAUAAAAGUGUGAAAUA